UUACGCUGGCAGUAUUUUAAAUGCCACUGGAAACAGAAAAGACCAGACGAACACCUUGCGCACUCAAUAACUCAGGAGACGUCGAAGUUUUUAAAGUGAACUAAACGCUUUUUAAAACUUAUUUUUUUUCAUGACAGAAAAGGCGCACAGGUUUGCAGUAAAAAGUCCUUUAAAGUGUUUCCUGAACAAACAUAGCUGCGGUGAUGGAGACCGAGGAGGAGGCAGCGCCGCAGGAACCGAGGAGGACAGGUGGUGCUGCGCUGCUGGACUACACAGCUGCCUGUUGUCAUGGAGGAGCAAAGAUGGCGGUCCUGGCCUAUAGCCUGGGCAAACGCGAAAUAAAUCAACAUUUUACGAUAAAAAAUGCCAAACUGAUAUCGCUGGCGGCGGUUGUUUUGCUGCUCUUUUUCCACACGGCUUUGCGGUAUUAUGGAGGCGAAGACUCAUGUGAAUGGCUGCUGUCCAGAGGCCGCUUCUUGGGGGAGAAUGUAUGGCAGCCUUACGGCUGUAUGAUGCACAAAUACAAAAGCAAUGAAGCUAAAACAUGCCUUUCCAAGAAACGGGUGGUCUUUGCCGGUGACUCACGAAUCAGGCAGCUCUUUUAUUCCUUUGUGAAAAUUAUCGAGCCUGAGCGGGCAGAAGAAGGAAACAAGCAUGAGGACAUCUUCUUUCAAGAUGAUCAGUCCUCUGUCAAUGUGGACUUUCUUUGGUAUCCAGAGGCAAAUAACUCGAUGAAGGAGCGCUUGAUUUCUUGGACACAUGAAGCGUCAGCGAGACCUGAUGUGCUCAUCCUUGGAGCUGCCACAUGGUCCAUCAAGCUGCACAGCGGCAGCAGCGAAACCCUACAACAGUACAAAUCCAACCUGACAGCCAUUGCUUCACAUCUGGUUAGAAUGGCUGAGCAGGCAGAGGUCUACUGGGUGCUGCAAGACCCGGUAAAUGAGGGCAUGUUGAGUGAAAGCAGGAAGAUGAUCACCAACGAACAGCUGGACCUGUACAACGACGCAGCGAGGGAGGUGCUGAACAGCAGCAAAUAUGGCGGGAGGUCUCGGGUCAAGCUGCUGGCAGCGGCCCGUCAGGCCGCUCUGGAAACCAUCAUAAACUCAGACGACGGUUUACAUCUGCCAGAGGGCACAAGGAAUGUGGGCGCUUUGCUUCUCAUGAACUCCCUCUGCAACAAGCUAGUGAGACCCAUCGAUGGCUCCUGCUGCCAAACGAUUUCCCCACCGAACCUCUUCCAGAAGCUGUCAGCCUGCCUUUUCCUGGGCGCAGCCGUCGUUUUUGUUGUCCUCCACGUCCUCGGCUACAACCGCCAUCGCCGACCUGUCCACACCGACGCCGAGAGCCUGGAGGAGAAGAAGCCCACCGCUGCGUCGGCACCCCUUGGGCCAAAGGCUCCUUUCCAGGCUCUGUGCAGGAUGGGCAUCAUCAUGUUGUACUUCUACCUGUGCGACCGGGCAGACGUGUUCAUGAAGGAGCAGAAGUUCUACACCCACUCAAAGUUCUUCAUCCCUCUGGUGUACAUACUGGUGCUGGGUGUGUUUUACAGCGAGAGCAGCAAGGAGGCGAAGUUGCUCAACCGAGAGCAAACAGAUGAAUGGAAAGGCUGGAUGCAGCUUGUCAUCCUUAUCUAUCACAUCUCUGGAGCCAGUGCCUUUGUUCCCGUUUACAUGCAUGUGCGAGUAUUGGUGGCAGCAUACCUGUUCCAGACUGGUUAUGGACACUUUUCCUUUUUCUGGCUGAAAGGAGACUUUGGACUUUACAGAGUGUGUCAGGUGUUGUUCCGGCUAAACUUCCUUGUGAUGGUUCUUUGCAUUGUGAUGGACAGACCAUACCAGUUCUAUUACUUUGUCCCUUUGGUCACAUUCUGGUUUGUCAUCAUCUACGCCACGAUGGCCAUGUGGCCUCAGGUCCUUCAGAAAAGAACUAACAGUAGUGGUAUCUGGCAUCUGGGAGUUCUGGUGAAGUUACUGGGCCUUUUGCUGUUUAUCUGCUUUUUAGCCUUCUCACAGAGUUUCUUUGAGAGUGUCUUGUCAGUGUGGCCCAUCUCCAAGCUCUUCGAGCUGAAUGGAAGCAUCCAUGAGUGGUGGUUCAGAUGGAAGCUGGACCGAUUUGCUGUGAUUCACGGUAUGGUGUUUGCCUUCCUCUACCUGGUGCUGCAGAAGCGUCAGGUGCUGUCAGAGGGUAAAGGAGAGGCUCUCUUCCCUGGAAAAAUUUCCAACCUGCUCCUUUUCCUCUCUGUCGUUUCUUUUAUUACUUACUCAAUAUGGGCAAGCAGCUGUAAAACCAAAACCGAGUGCAAUGAGAUGCACCCUUUCAUCUCUGUGGUCCAGAUUUUGGCCUUCAUUCUUAUCAGGAACAUUCCUGGCUAUGCGCGCUCCGUGUACAGCUCGUUUUUCUCCUGGUUUGGAAAGAUCUCUCUGGAGCUGUUCAUAUGCCAGUACCACAUUUGGCUUGCGGCAGACACAAAAGGAAUCCUUGUCCUGAUCCCGGGGAACCCAACACUCAACAUCUUGGUCAGCACCUUCAUCUUUGUUUGCGUCGCUCACGAGGUUUCUCUCAUCACCAACGACCUGGCUCAGGUGGUCAUCCCCAAAGACAGCAUGGCCCUGCUGAGGAAGCUGGGAGCAGCAGGGGUCGUCAGUCUGAUUUUACUGCUGCUGAGCAGAGGGGACCAGCUCACGCCUGGGACCUGAAGGAUACUUAAAGAUGGGAGGGGCCAGGUUAUGGUCCGAGGUGUU